AUGCUGAUUGAAAUUUUGGGGACUCGUACUAGCCAGCAGCGUGUUGAAAUCGCAGAAGCCUACAAGGGUUCCUACGGAGAGGACCUUAAGGAAAGACUACAGGGUGAACUAAGUGGUGAUUUUGGCGAACUGGUGGACCUCAUGUUCUACACUAUUCCUGAGCUAAAAGCUCAGCUUUGCUACGAUGCAAUUAAGGGAGCUGGUACAGACGAGCUUGCCCUCAUUGAAGUCAUCUGCACCUCUACCAACUCCGAAAUUGAGGAACUCAAAAAAGAAUACGCUAAAGCCGCCGAGAAUACUCUGGAGGAAGACGUAGUGGGUGACACCAGCGGCUACUUUAAACGCAUCCUAGUAGCUCUGUUGGCAGCUCAGCGUCACGAGCCCACUGAACAGCAGUUGAAAGAUAUUGCGAGUCGAGGACUUGAUUCGAUCAUCGACAAGAAGGCUGCUGAAGCAGACGCUCAAAAGCUCUAUGAUGCCGGCGAAAAGCGACUUGGAACAGACGAGGAAACCUUUAUUACCAUUCUAUGCACAAGAAGUCCAUGGCAGUUGAUUGGAAUUAGCAAAGCCUAUGAAAAGAUAAGCAAACUACGACUUGUUGAGGCCAUCGCAAGCGAAACAAAGGGUUACUUUAGACAAGCUCUCUUAACAACCUUGUUGGCCAACACUAACGCACCAAUGGCUUUUGCCGAACACUUCAACAACGGUUUGAGCGGUCUUGGGACUAACGAUGACCAGAUAAUGCGUCUCAUAGUAUGGCGUUCGGAGGUUGAUAUGAAGGAAAUCAAGAAUUGCUAUCUUAUAAGGUACAACAGAGAUCUCGUCGACGAUAUCAGGGGUGAUACAUCUGGCGACUAUGAAAAGCUUCUUGUUCGUCUUCUUGGAUCUCAGUGA